CCAAAUCGCUCUAACUAAAGCAAACUAUGAAGUCGCUUGGACCACACUUCUACAACGAUAUAACAACCCACGAAUUGUGUUCGCCAGCCACAUGAACAUGCUCUACAACUUACCGAAUCUUUCGAAAGAAAAAUCUGCUGACAUACGGUCUAUGGUUAGUACAGUCAACGUCUGCAUUGCCGCUUGCAAUACCGUCAAGGCGCCACUACAGGGAGGAGAUUUUUGGCUGACUCAUUAUCUAACAACCAAACUACCCAAAGACACUCACACAGCUUGGGAGCAUCAUCUGGGCAGCAAGAUUGACGUUCCUUCAUACAAAGAUCUGCAACAGUUCCUCAAUGAUCGACUUGUUACGUUAGACGCCAUUGAAAGCCGUAACGCGUGCAGCGGCAUGAAACAGUCAAAUGAAACUUCAGACGGUACUAAACGCGUGCGUGUGCACAGCGCCCACACCAGGUCGGGUGCUUCCGCGUCCGCUUGCUAUCAUUGUGGCAACUUACACAUACUUCGAAGAUGUCCGCAAUUUCUUUCAAUGGAUUGCUACCAACGGAAGGAAGUGGGCAGCAAGGCAAAAUUGUGUCUAAAUUGCCUGGGAAAAUCGCACACACAAGCAAGCUGCCCCAGCAAUAAGAAUUGUCUUCAUUGUGGUCAACGUCAUCACACGAUGUUACAUUUUCCAGUAACACAGCCAACGCUGAUACCCUCCUCGACAUCAUGCCAAAGUUCGACAGCCAGUUCAGAUGCCAAGCCGACUCUACAGUGCAUGUCAACUACAACUUCAUCUAUGACUCAUCGAAAGGUACUACUAGCAACAGCUCGGGUUGUACUCAGUAACACACAGACAGGAUGCCAGGCCACGGUAAACGCGCUUCUUGACCAAGGAUCGGAAGCAACUAUCAUUUCGGAGCAUGCUGUACAGUCUCUCCAGCUCUCCCGAAGCACCACUCGCACUUCAAUCACCGGAGUCGGUCAAGAUUCAGGACGACGCUGCAAAUUCAUCGUAAGUUGUUCGGUGCAAACAGCAACUAACCCAAAUUUCUCGUUAAAGGUCGACGAUGCUUAUGUUUUGAACACGUUGACAUCACACAUGCCAAGUCAAAGUUUUCCAGCAGGAAACUGGAGUCAUAUCCAUGGUCUCAUGCUCGCAGACCCCUAUUAUUAUAGAUCCAAGCGAAUCGAUAUCAUUUUUGGAGCCGACCUUAUGGCACAACUCUUGUUACCUGGAACUAAGAUUGGCUUGCCAAACGAACCCAUAGCGCAGAAUACUCAACUCGGAUGGGUUCUGUUAGGCAAUGUUGGCAACACGCAUAUUACACGCCACAUUCGAUGUAAUCAUGCCAUAAUAAACUCCGAAGAGCUGCUUAAGGUAUUUUGCGAGGUAGAAUCAGUUCCAGAACGCCCAAAGCUCUCCAAAGAAGAUCAAUGGUGCGAGUCUUUCUUUAAGCAGACCCAUCAACGUCAACCAGACGGCAGUUAUCAAGUCCGUUUGCCAUUCAAGAGGAACUUUGACCCCAGUAUGACGCUCGGAAAAUCUCAUCAGAUCGCCCUGAACAGAUAUCUUCAACUCGAAAGGCGCCUUCAAAGGGACCCAGACAAAUGGAUCAGAUACUGCAAAGGAAUUGAAGAAUAUUUUCAACUAGGUCAAAUCACGUUGGCAGAGACGAGCGAAAACUCAACCAUAACCACGGAUUCCUACGGUCAGCAUGUUGCAUCAUGCGUGCUACCACAUCAUGCAGUUUUCAAAGAAGAAAGCCUCACCACAAAACAACGUAUCGUUUUUGACGCAUCGGCCCGGACCUCAAAUGGCAGAUCGUUAAACGAUGUACUAUGUGUAGGUCCCACGCUGCAAAAUGAUCUGCCAGCCGUUCUCUUAAAUUGGAGACAAUAUCAGUUUGUUUUCACUGCCGAUAUACAACGAAUGUAUCGCUGUAUCAAUGUCCACCCUGAUGACACGCAGUACCAGAGGAUUUUAUGGCGGGCGGCGGAUGGAGUCAUCAAACAGCAUUGCUUAACUACCGUCACGUUUGGAACAGCGUCUGCACCUUAUACAGCUAUAAGAGUCAUCCAUCAAAUCGCUGAAGACACACAGACAAAAUAUCCUAUGGCAUCCAACGUUCUCAAAAAUGAGAUAUAUGUCGACGACAUUCUCUCAGGCGAUCAUUCACAAGAGGCAGCAAUACGGAAAAGUUUGCAAACUAUGCUAGCUUUAAAAUCCUCUGGCAUGGAGCUACGAAAAUGGGCUAGUAAUGACCAGGAUCUGAUGGCAACGAUACCUCUCGAGCAUCGAUGCAAGCAGACAUCCCUCAGUUGGGACAAUGCGGACACCAUCAAAACACUGGCAAAGAUUAUAUUGAAAGAAAUCACACUAGCGAAGCAAUAUCGCGAGGACGGAUCGAGUACAUCACUGGAUUGGGAUGAGCCAGUUCCCAACACCAUUGCCGUCAAAUGGCAACAAUUUCGACAGCAACUAAUGAAGGUUAACACGAUCAAAAUACCACGCAGCGUCAAAUUUACGCCACUAUUUAGUAGUGAGAUACAACUGCACACCUUUUGCGAUGGAUCCUCCAGUGCUUACGCAGCAGCAGUGUAUGCACGCACCCAACAGUCUGAUGGGACUUUCUAUACAACGCUCAUCGUCGCAAAAUCAAAAAUUUCGCCAACCAAGCCGUUAACAAUACCGCGCACUGAGCUAUGCGGUGCAGUAUUAGCUACCAAACUCACCAAAUGGGUGCUGGAGAAUAACCGAUGGACCAAUGCACACAUAUCUACCUUUUACUGGACCGAUGCUACCAUUGUUCUGCACUGGAUUAAAGGAGACAUUACUAGGUGGAAAACGUUUGUAGCCAACCGAGUGUCUUACAUUCUCGACCACACCUCAGCGGCUCAGUGGCACCACAUAGACACAUCGGAAAACCCAGCAGAUUGCGCAACCAGAGGCUUACCACCGAGCCAAAUACCUGAUAUUUGGUGGCAUGGCCCAUCCUGGCUAUGCAAACCACACAAUAUUUGGCCAAACACGCAAUCACAAUUGCUCAAUCCAGAAGAACGGGAUCUGGAGGCCAAAUCCAUAAAAAUUAGAGCCUUCACUACCUUGUCAGACACAAAGGAUUCUAUUAUUGACCGAUUCUCGUCGUAUACAAAACUGCUACGUGUCACGGCAUACAUGUUACGAUUCUGCCACAAUGCUCAUGCUCGAGCACAACGAAGUCACGGAUCACUCUCUCCUGACGAACUGGAUGAGGCCCUGUGCUGCAUAGCUCGCCUUGCACAAUCCGAUACAUUUCACGCCGACAUCCAAGCGCUUAAAAGGAACAAGCCGUUACCACCCCGUAGCACACUUUCAAAUCUUACACCGUUUCUUGACAACAAUAUCUUGAGGAUUCGUGGUCGUCUCAAGCAUUCAAAUCUCUCUUUUUCUCGAAAACAUCCAAUUAUAUUACCUCAUUGUCACCUAUUUACAGAUUUGGUAAUUCAACACUCUCAUCAGCUCACUCUACAUGGCGGCGCUCAAUUAACACUGGCUCACAUACGAUACAAAUUCUGGAUUCCCAGAGGCAGACAAGCAGUCAGGCGAAUCAUCCGGAAAUGCGUCACAUGUUUUAAGGUAGCUCCAGUCGUAGCGAAGCAAUUGAUGGGUGACUUGCCAUUACAUCGAGUCAACCCCCCAACUCGUCCGUUCAUUACAACAGGAGUUGACUACACCGGUGCGAUUGAACUUCAAGCCGCGCGUGUACGAGGAUCUACUACCUACAAAGGCUAUGUAGCCAUUUUUAUAUGCUUAGCAACCAAGGCUGUCCACUUGGAAGCCGUCACUGGACUUUCAACAGAGCACUUCCUGCAAGCAUUUACGCGAUUCACCGGACGUCGAGGACAAGUUCAACAUAUGUAUAGUGAUAACGGCACAAAUUUUGUUGGCGCGAGUACAUCGCUUAACCAGCCCAUCACUUGCAAGGCAGCCCUAAACGAAUCGACAUGUCAACAUGGGACAAGGUGGCAUUUCACACCUCCAUAUUCUCCCAAUUUGGCAUCUGGGAGGCAAACGUGAAAGCAAUGAAGCAUCAUCUUAAACGGAUCGUCGGCAGCCACAAGCAGACGUAUGAGGAGCUUACUACAGUUUUGAUCAGGAUUGAAGCAUGUUUGAACUCACGUCCACUUUGCCCGCUAACCGCCGACCCUGACGAUUUAGAAGUACUAACUCCAGCACAUUUCUUAAUUGGUGACGCACUACUGGCACCGCCACAAGGUCGGCCGAAUAAUAAGCCUUUGCGUGAACUAUUUCUCGCACAACAACACAUGACGCGACAAUUCUGGUCCCAAUGGUCUCGUGAUUGGUUAUCACACUUGCAAACUCGGCCAAAGUGGUGCCAAAUCAAAGAUAAUCUUAGCAUCAACGACUUAGUCAUUAUAAAGGAUGAUAAUCUACCACCAGCUAAAUGGACUAUAGGCCGAGUCGUCGAACUGCACCCUGGAUCGGACUCGCUAGUCAGAGUGGUUACAUUAAAGACGAAAUCUGGCAUUCAAAAGAGGUCAAUCACAAAGCUUUGUCCACUUCCGAUUUCAACAUAAUUAUGAUCAACACACGGAUCACGAAUAACAAGGAGCCUUCAUGCUGGACGACGCAUUGGCGGGCGGCAUGUACGGAUUAUGAGCGGAGUCACCCGGUGCUUCAGCUGUCAUAACAGCGGAUUAACAUUUUAUGUAUCGAUGCUAAUUGAACUGAACUGUAUUCUUUCUUUCCUUCUCUUGUAAUUUUGCGGUCAUAGCGAUCAGACGUGAUUUUUUGUAUAUGAAGAAAUAAAUGAAGUUAAAUAGUGUAUAUAUUGUUACAACGCAACAAUGCAUACUUUUCUUUCGUCUCACCGCAAAUCGGUGAUCGAGCACCCUCACCUUCAACUAACUCGAAACUUUUGCCCUCAGCGAACGACAGACCGCGUUCUUGCUCUCCCUCUCUGCCUGCUUCGGCUCACAAGUCGUGGAGCGAAGAGACCGCCUCUCCUACCCCGCUCCUCUCGCAGCGCCAAACGACCGUCCCGGGUAACUGUAACACUGCAAUAACGAGUGCAGUGACCUCACUGGCAACUGCCACAACAUCAACUUCGUCAGCGGCCCAACUAAUUAUCGCUGUGCCAGCUGUAAAUAAUUCAGCAGCACUGACCGUUUGCAACAA